UAUUUGGUCAUUGAAUUAAUAGCGCUAUCCAGAAAAGGCAAUGAACUUAUCAAAUUGUCAAGCAAUGCCUUGACCAUGAACAUUUUGAAGAGCACCCGUUUGCUGGAUCGAAAUUGUCUGCGUGACAAGAUCCAGGGACUAUCGCCUCUGCUACGGACCAUGGACUGGCCACCAAACAGGGACUCGGUGUUCCGGGCCACUUGGAGCUACUAUGCUAGCGGCUGUCAGGAGCGACUGACGGGCAUUCGCAGGCGCAUCGAACAGAACGCUAGAAUGGUGGCUCCAAACAAAACUCAACUUACUGUGGACUUAAAGUUGCCACUCAAUGGACAACAAUUGCCGCCAGGAGUUGAUUUAGAUGAGCACAUUUAUCAGGAGCUGGUGUCCUGUUUCCGGAACGCAAAAGGCUCCGUUUCACUAAAGAAAACUUCAGCAAAGCGUUCAAAAGUUCAGAAAUAUUUUGAUAUGCGCAAGUUUUCCACACCAGAACAAUGGCAUUCCUGGAAACGUCAAGAGCUGCAAGUUGAUCAAAUGCUACAGAAGUCUGAUGAUCCCUAUUUGAAAGAGGAAAUGCACAAAAAGCUACAUCGGCUACAAAAACUCACCAAACUACAACCUCUAGUGGUACUUCCAAAACAGGAAGAAGAUAAUAUUGAAAAACAGCAUGUGUCAUUGACAAGGAAACGAAAGUCUCGGCAGAAGUCUAUAAACAAAUUAAAAGGCGAAAGCGAAUCAAGAAAAAAUAACACAAAAAUAGCAGAUAAAAAUAGAACUCAUAAAGACCCCAGUAAAACCUCAAAGAUACAAAACCCCAGUGAAAUCUCAAAGAUACAAAACCCCAGUAAAACCGCGAAGAUACAAAACCCUCGUAAAACCUCGAAGAUGCCAGACCCCAGAAAAACCUCGAAGAUACAAAAUUUGAGUUCAAGAAGUAGUAGUAAAAGAAGAACAAAAUCGGUACAUAGCAGGCGUUCUUUCGGGAAACCGACAUCUGGUACGAUAUUGGCAUACCAUCCAAGUCUGGAAAGUAUCGCCAGCUCAGGACGUUCUACCAGAUCGUAUCGCCCAUAUGUCAAACGAACUGUGAGAUCCGAUCAAAGUAGUGAGGAAGGUGGUAUUUUCGGAAUCGAUGAAUCCCCACAAUUAAUUGAGGAUACCACGUCGGCAGCUUCGGAAACGCGCAAAAAAGCUAAAAUUUCCCAAUUACCAAGGAAAAUUAAGAAUCAUAAAUUAAUAAAGGAUUCAAAAAAUACAGAAAAAGCUAAAAGCGAAACUCCAAAAGUUCAUGAACAUUCAAAACCUCCCAAAGCGGCAAGUCAGCAUUCUGUAAAGAUCGACAGAAAAUUGGAUCCCAUAAACGUAUCAUUUUCGAAAAGCAAGGAAAAGGCAUCUAAACAACGAUCAUUUGGCUCAAAGGCAAAGCCAAAAGUUCACGAACAUGCUAAACAUUCAAAACCUCCCAAAACCUCAAGUCUGCAUUUUUUAAAGGACGAGAGCAAAUUGGAAUCUAUAAACGUAUCAUUUUUGGGAAGAAAAGAAAAAGCAUCUAAACAACGAUCAAACGGCUCUGAGGCAAGUGUAAGAAAGUCGAAAUCUGAGGGGACCAUCGAAGAAGCAAAAUCUGUGGAGCUGAGACAGAGUUUCGUCUCCAAAAGUAUGUCACAACUUUUGAGCAAACUGCCAACGCCAAUACAUUCGAAUGAAUACAUAGAGCAAAUCUCCAAAGGACUGCCCUCAAGCGAUGCAACACUCCUCAGGAAUUUACACAACAAAUUCAACGAAUCAGUCGUCUCACUGUACACAGGUCAAGUCACCAACUCGGAUACUGGUACUGAGAUUCGGGAAAUCCAGCAAAGCUUUGUUCGUAGUGGCGACCACCACGGCUGGACCUUGCGUGGCAAAAAUUUGGCCUUCGUUAAGCCAACUACCUAUUCCAGAAUUAGCCUACGAAAACGAGACCCAUCUGAAGUGGCAGAGAAGAAUAUGGAAAGGGAUGCAUCUGAAACCACUGCACUAGGCUCGAUUAUAGCCACGCAGCCAAUUGCGGGAAUUACGAAGGAACCAGAUAUAAGACUGCCAUCGAAAACGAUUUCGGUUGAUGAAAUCCUUAAGAGUGUUGAAGCAAAACCUUUACUCAUUUCCGAUCUAAUAUCGGAAUUUAUGCGGGCUUACGGCUCCAAAAUAAGUUUCUUUGAAACAUAUCCGGAUCUAUUUAAAAGCAAUAAAUUAGAAAACUAUACUACGACUAAUGUGAAAGAAGUUCCCAAGAAGUGCAACAGGAAGAGGAAGGUGCAGAAAGUUAAGGAUGUGAAAAAAAAGACAUCGCAGCACUUUAGGAGAACCUGCUCCCUAUGCAACUGUGUUAGGAGAAAACUCUCCGAAUUGAAGCCUUAUAUGCAGCGAAUGCAGAAGCGACGUCAAAGAUUGGAACUGAAAAGCUACUACAUCCAGAGGAUCUCGAAAUGUCGAGAAAAUCAAAAGCUGCAUCCGAUGAAAGCCUGCACCCGCGAGGGUCUAGCUAUUUGUUAUCAGACCCUAAAUCUUUGCCAGCAGAUAGUGGAGCAGAGGUUAUCGAAAAGAACUGAGGAAUCUCAGCCUCUUUGGACAGAAUCCAAAAAACAUUUGUCGUGUUUUAGCAUAUGUAAACCAAAAGCAGAAGAUGCAAACUUAGUAGAUCCAUUUGUCGUGUUUUGAAAAGCUAAUAUUAAAAUGUGUGUGACUGCUAGAACUUAAUAUUUUGGUCGAAACUCAUUUGUCUGUCGACGUAGAGAACGAUAUGCUACUGCAUAUCAAGCAACUUGU